CAUAUAGAUGGCACUUAUAUCGAAUAUCUAGAUAUCUCUAGACACAUCUGAUCAUUUCUUAGUACCGGUGUAAUACUUUCUUUAAUGGCAUAUCUUUAAAUUUGAUCUAUAAGAGACAUAAAUUAAAACUAGAAAAAUGACAGCAUUUGAAGAAAUGGGUGUCUUGCCUGAAAUUGGAAAGGCAGUUGAUGAAAUGGAAUGGACAUUACCAACUGAUGUCCAAGCUGAAGCACUCCCAUUAAUUUUGGGUGGUGGAGAUGUAUUAAUGGCUGCAGAAACUGGUAGUGGAAAAACUGGUGCAUUUUGUUUACCAGUUUUGCAAAUUGUAUGGGAAACUUUAAAAGAUUUAGAAUCUGGUAAAAUGAGCAGUAGUUCUAGUGGUCAUCAUCAACCUUCUGCACAUUGGGCAUUAAGUUUGUUUGAUAGAGGUAGAGCAUUAGCUGUAACUCCUGAUGGUUUAAGAUGUCAAAGUCGUGAACAGAAAGAAUGGCAUGGUUGUAGAGCAAAUAAAGGAAUUCAAGGGAAAGACAAAUAUUUUUUUGAAGCUAUAGUAACUGAUGAAGGAUUAUGUCGUGUAGGCUGGUCUACAUCUCAAGCUUCAUUAGAUUUAGGAACAGAUAAGUUUGGUUUUGGUUAUGGUGGAACUGGUAAAAAAUCAAAUGCAAAGCAAUUUGAUAACUAUGGAAAAUCUUUUGGAAUGCAUGAUGUAAUUGGAUGUCUUCUGAAUUUAUCAAAAGGUGAAAUUAGUUUCACAUUAAAUGGAGCAGACUUAGGUCCAGCAUUUACAUUAAAUGCACAACAAAAGUCACAGACUUUUUAUCCAGCUGUAGUAUUGAAAAAUGCAGAAAUGUCAUUCAAUUUUGGAGCCCAACCAUUUAAAUAUCCUCCUCCAAAUGAUUAUAUAGCUGUUGCUUCAGCACCUAAAGAGGCUAUAAGAGAAAAUUCUAUAAAUAGUAAUCAAACUCAAAGCAAAGAAGAUGGCAAACCUAAAUGUAAUGCUCCUCAAGCUAUAAUCAUGGAACCUUCAAGAGAACUUGCAGAACAAACCUAUAAUCAAAUACAAAAAUUUAAAAAAUAUUUGAAAGAUCCAAUUAUUAGAGAAUUGUUGGUUAUUGGCGGAGUUAGUGUAAAAGAGCAAAUUUCUGUAUUAAAUUCAGGUGUAGAUAUAAUAGUUGGAACACCAGGACGUUUAGAAGAUUUAAUACAAGGUGGCUAUUUGUCUUUAACACAUUGCAGAUUCUUUAUUUUAGAUGAAGCUGAUGGUCUAUUAAAACAAGGUUAUACGGAAUUAAUCGAUCGUUUGCACAGACAGAUACCAAAAAUUACAUCAGAUGGAAAAAGAUUGCAGAUGAUCGUUUGUUCUGCGACUCUACAUGCUUUUGAAGUAAAAAAGAUGGCGGAACGUUUGAUGCAUUUUCCAACAUGGGUAGAUUUGAAAGGUGAAGAUGCAGUUCCUGAAACAGUGCAUCAUGUUGUUGUAAUAGUAGAUCCACAGAAAGAUAAAUCUUGGCAUAAUUUACGAAAAUGUAUAGAAACUGAUGGAGUUCACAAUAGAGAUAAUAUAAGACCCGGAAGUAACAAUCCUGAAACACUUUCAGAGGCUGUAAAAAUAUUAAAAGGUGAAUACUGUAUUCGUGCCAUCAAGGAGCAUAAUAUGGACAGAGCCAUUAUAUUCUGUAGAACUAAAUUAGAUUGCGAUAAUUUGGAACGAUAUUUGAAACAAUCUGGUGGAAACCAAUUUUCAUGCGUAUGUUUGCAUGGCGACCGAAAGCCUGCAGAACGUAAAUCUAAUUUAGAGAAAUUCAAAAGACAAGAAGUAAAAUUUUUAAUAUGUACCGAUGUUGCAGCUAGAGGAUUAGAUAUUUCAGGAUUACCUUUCAUGAUUAAUAUAACUCUACCUGAUGAAAAAUCAAACUAUGUACAUCGUAUAGGUAGAGUUGGUAGAGCUGAACGAAUGGGUCUAGCCAUUUCGUUAGUUAGUAAAAUUCCUGAAAAAGUAUGGUAUCACGGUGAAUGGUGUUCUUCUCGUGGACGAAAUUGUUACAAUACUAAUCUUACUGAUAAGGGUGGUUGUUGCAUUUGGUACAAUGAACCAAACUAUUUAGCUGAAAUUGAAGAUCAUUUAAAUAUCACAAUUCAACAAGUUGAUCCAGAUAUGAAAGUUCCAAUGAAUGAUUUCGAUGGAAAAGUUACAUAUGGAGAAAAAAGAGCGACAAUGGGUUCCAAUUAUCAAAAUCAUGUUCAGCAAAUGGCGCCUUACGUGUCCCAAUUAUCCUCUUUGGAAUCUAAAGCACAAAUUUGGUAUCUAAAAAGACAUUUGGUGAAAACGGCGAAUUAAAAUGGUUUACACAUGAUUAUAUGAGAAACUUACUUACUAUGUUCUAAUUUAAUUUAACUCUAUCUUCAUAUAUUAUAUUUUAAUAUGUUAUACUAGUAUUUGAAUAGUCUCUUAAUAUUUAUAAAUAUAGUGUACUUCCAAGUGUAAUAUAUAAAUUUGUUACAAUUAAUAUAACAUAUUACUUCAUGUAACAAUGUAUCUCAACAUUUACUUCAUAAUUAAUUAUGAAUGAAAUAUUAUAUAUUAUCUCUAAAAAAAAACAUAUGAUUUAGAUAGCACUUAGAUAGUAUAUGUGUAUAUAAGACAUACGGUAAGUGUUUAUUGUUUUUAUAAUCUUCAUAAUUGUACCAUCGCUAUUUUAAUUACACAAAUGUAUAAUACAAUGGCCUUGCAGUACUGUUGAUUUUGUAAUUUUCACAAUAUCUUGGUAUGUUUUUUAUUUGUAUAUGUGCAUGUGCGCGCACGCGCGCAUGUGUGAUUCAGUUUUUUAUAUAAUAUAUAUAUAUAUUAUAUAUAUAUUAUAUACUCUUAGAAUUUACUAAAUGAUCUUUGUUUAAUUACACAUAAUAAUUUAUACACAUUUCUCGAAAUCAAUAGUAAACGACUAAAGUUAUACAGUAUACAAAUCAUACUGUUUGUUCUCUGCAUUCAGAUAUAGCGUACGUGUUCUCCCUUUUUUGUUUAAAUAGUGUAUAUGAUUCAUAUGUAACACGCUAUACGAACAUAACGCGUCUCAUCGACACGAGCGAAUGAGGCGCACAUAUUUUCACACUUGUAGGUGAUUUCAUUUUAUUUCUUUUGCACAAUUAGUACAACACGAGUCGAAUUGUUUAUUCGCUAUAAUAAUUUAAUUAAUUAAUCAGCAUAGAUUCAUGAAAACAUUUCUUCUUUUUUUUUCAUAUUCAGACAGUCAUCACAGAAUGAGAAUGAAAUAUUUAUUUUAUUUUUUUUUGUAAUUUAAAAACACAUUUAUAAUCGUACGAGUCAUUCUUCCUUUUUAUUUUAAUGCAUAUCAGCUAUCAUUCACGCAGUCAUUCAAUCGUUUUAAUUCAAUGAAUUAUAUUUAUAUCAUAUACAUAUAUAUUUAUAUAAUAUAUAAAUAUACAUAUAUAUAUUUAUUUAUUUAUUUAUAUAUAUUUGUAUAUCAUAUAUACUACAUGUCCACCCCACGAUCCUUACUUAAAUAGCUUCGACAACUAAACGACUCAGGCGAUCAAUACUUGUUCGUGUAUUUUAUAUAGUAACCAUAUCUUUUCGUUUGAUUGCAUUGUACGCAAUGUGUAUCGGCUUAUAUUUUUUAUUUUACUUUUUUUAUUGUGCAGUUAUAUCGUGAAUACUCGUUAGUCUAAGUAUUUAAAAAAAUUCUUCGUGCUCGUUCUCGCAAGAGCACAACUUUUUAAUAUCAAGAGUAAUCAUGGGGCAGACAACAUUUAAUUUCAUUUCCUAACGAAUUUCUCGUGUUAUUAUCCAUUUACAUCACGCAUAUUUUUUGUUUUAUAUUUUUCUGUAUAUUUUUUUUUCUUUUCUUUAUACGCGUUAUUAUCCAUUCACUCGCAUAAUUAGCGCUUAUUCGAACAUUACUCUUCAACGCUUUCUUUUUUUACUCUUACUCCUGCGCCUGCAUCAAUAGUAAUCUUUCUUAAGUCUUCAGCUAAACAUAUUUCUAAGAUACACGUAACAACGAAUUCAUUAAGGAUUAGGGAGAAAACACGGGUCUUUUUUUUUUUUUUAAGAAGUAAGGGGGAACGUACUUAUUUACGAGUUGGUAAAACUCUUCUCUCCCUUUUUCUCUCUUUAAUUUCCCAGUUCUCAUCCAUUAUUACAUAUUUAUGCACGAGCAAUUAAAUGAUUCGUCAUGUGACCGACAAGAUAAAUUUCGUUCUCAUUUUACACAAUUUCCGAUAAAUUUUCAAAUAAUUCCAAUAGAAAACGUUCGCCAGUUUCCAAAUUCGAUUUUAUAGCUUUAACUAUUGUCCAUCUUCAUCCGGAAGUGUCUUCCAUAAUUUUGUAAAGCAUUACGCUUUGUAUCAAACGAACGUUCUCGUUUCUUCUUUGGAUCCUAGCGAAUGAAUACGAGGACGACUAGAAAAAAAACUUCGGACAACAUCGACGAUCAAUCAUCGUACAUAUAUAUUUUCAUACAAAUUACUCCGAUACAAUAUACGUGGCGAGAAACCACAGUUCUUCCUAUUUCUUGAUUUAACGAAUAGAAUAGUUGCCGCGCCCGAGCCUCAAAGCUAGCUUCUUUCUCUUUCACAUUAUUCAUUCAGUAUUUCUUUGAGUCGAAUUGAUCUCACGUUGAAUCGUAAUUCGAUUUAAUUGAACGAACGAAAAAUUACGAAGAUAAUGAACGAUUUGUCGAUAUAAAAUCAUGAUCUUAAUAAUUCUAUUAAAUCUCGAUUUUUGGCCAAGUAAAAAAUCAAUGAAAAAUAUAUAGGCAGGCACGACCCAUAAUCGGGAAACGUUUGGAACUAUGAUGCAAAACAGUCAAGACGUUUUAGAUAGAAGACAGUGGAACAUUUUUUAUUGCCUAAAUUCGAACGACUGGAUGGAAAGAUAGAGACGUGGUAAGGGUUCACCUCCGAAAGAUCAUGUUUUCAACAGGAUCAUAUUACGUUUACGCGUCCAUUCUAAUGAAAUGUAUUCGCGAAAUGUCUAUUACAUAUGCAAGAGUGAUCAUUGAAAAUAUUCAAAGAAUGUCACGAGUUAUAUCACAAUAAUCUGACGCAAGUGACUCUACAUUUACUUUUAAACAUAUUAAAAAAUGAAAAAGCGAUGAAAAUAACGUAUAUGUAUUGUUAUUUGAAAUAAAUUAAAACGAAUACGAUACUCGAUUCAAAUGAAUUGCUUUCCUGAUUCUUCUUUUUCGCUUUUCCGAUGAAAAUAAUUUGAUGAAAUAAAAAAUAGCACCUUUACAUUUCUACAUAGGUAGAAAAUGCAUGGUAUUUAUUCUCAUGAUAAUCGUAAUCUCAAACGAUUGAACUUAUUGACUUUCCAUGCAUUUGUAUAUGCGUCAUCGAUUUACUAAUUCUGAUAACUUUGAGAACGAUUAUUCAGUUUCUAUGCAUGUGUAUACAUAGAUGUGUAUAUGUCAUUCACGAGUCGACCUUCGCCUUGCAUUAAGACUUCUGAAAACUUCGUUUCUCAUUAAAUCGUCUUAGAAUUAUGCGCCAACUCACGAUCCAAGUUUCUGGCUCGAUGUUUAUAGAAGUGAAAUGUGAAAUUUUUUUUUUUUUUUUUUUUUGAUGAUAAAAUAUUUCUUUAUAAAUAACUACGAUGUAUGAAAGACGAAUAUCUCUAUUAUUCGAAACGACAACCACAAUAUUCGAAUAUAGCAAUUACAAUGUUUUCAAUAUGCGUUGAUCGUAGUCAUUUAAAUAAAUAAAUCGCUCUAGAUUAAAUCGACGAAUCUAAUUUCUCCCGAAAAUAGCUUUUAACAAUGAUUACAACGGUAAUCGCUAAUCACAAUAAUAAAUGAUUAAAAUUAUUAAAAUAUUAAUAACGAUGGUGAAAAUGAAGAUGAUAAUGAUAUAAUGUGACGACGAGGAUGAGAAUGAAGAAGAUAGCAAUGAUAAUAUAAUAAUAAUAAUAAUAAUAAUAAUAAUAAUAAUAAUAAUAAUAAUAAUAAUAAUAAUAAUAACAAUAAUAAUAAUGAUGAUAAUAAUAGUAUACUAUAACUACAUCUUUCGCUUUAAUAAAAUCUGACUGUGUAAAGACAAUUUUUUAUCGAGUAACAGUAUAACGAUAAGACGAUCACAAUAAAUGACUCUGUAUUCUUAACAUAAACGCGAGCAUGAUAGCAUAAAACGCGUAUUUAUCUACGAGCAGACGUUCCGUGGCUUAGUUAGUAACGUGUAACGAAUUCAUAAUUAAUAAUUUCGAAUUUUUAAUUUCUCCAAUUAGAUUAGAUUCUUUGGGAUCAAUUAAAGAACCCUGAAAAAUGGUAUUGAUUUUCGCAAAUCGAAUUCGAUCAUUGGUCAUUUAUCAACGAUAAUCGCAACCAAAAAUGUUGCAAACCUCGUUACAUUUGUCUCUCGUUACGACGAUUUCAACCAUGCACACUCCGUCUACCUUGACUUUCGCUUUUUUAAGGCAAUACUCUCAACAACGUGGCCCACAAAGGGACUAAUGCGCUUCGUGGACAACGUGUUACAUCGUAUUCAUCGACAAUUUCUUCACUUGCACGAGGAGGGGGGAGGGGAGAGGGGGAGAGGUGUCAUAUCACGAGGAAAGAAGAAAUAGGAGGUGGGUGGUUCGUUUUUGUAUAAAAUGCGAAUGGGCCGUUUUUGAUUUUGUUGCAGCAUCGAGGAGGAUAAGAAAGAAAAAUAAAAUUUUUUUCUUUAUCUUAAAAUAAGAAUAAUAGUCGCAAUCACUAUCAAAAAGAUUUAAAUGCACGAUACAUUUUUUUUUUUCAAGCGGCGUUAUGCAAUUUACAAAAUCGCCAACGUAAAACACGUUUAUGGGGACAUUAUGUAGCGAAUAGUACCAUUCAUAAACCAAACGCACAGUUUUGAAUCAGUGUUUGUCAAAUUAUCGAUGCGUCAUUGCUUUACAUCUGUACCUGCUAUUAUUGUAUUUACAAAUAAUAAUUACUUGCACCGCUUAUUUUUACAUGUACAUAUUCACAUGCCUGGUACAUUGUACGUACGAUAAAAGAAAAAAAAAAAAAAAAACUUGUGCGAUCGGCGUAUGUAUACAAUAUAUAUAUGUACGUAUAUAUAAUGAAUGUAUGUAUAUGUAUAUAUCGAUAUAAUCGUGGCCACGUAAUAUUUUAUUAAUUAUUUAUUAAUUCGGUAUCCGCUUUGUUUCUCGCUUGUGUACGCGCACACAACAAUCGAUUAUAAUUACAUUUACGAAUUUCAUUUACAUUCAACAAGUGAUUAGUAGCAAGUAUUUUCUUUUACUUCUGCAUUUAUCCUUAUUGCAUCGCGGCCGACGCGAAAACGUGUCAAUCGUUCGAAGGAAUACUUUUUUUUUUUUUUUUUGAGUCCAGUACAUAAUUUUUGUUUUUAUUUUUUUCUUUUUUUUGUUGUCCGAUAUCACUGGAUAAAGCAUUCAGAAUUAGAACGAACGUGUUCCUUGGUUUAAAAAAAAAAAGAAAAGAAAAAAAAAUUGUAACAAGACACAAGAUCUACAAAUACUCGCAACAAUACUACAAUUACACAAUACUCGUUCAUGCGCUUUACAUACACGAAAUGAUGGUUCAUAUUUCUUUGUGCUGGAUGAACAUUAAAGUUUCACGGAAGUUUCAUCGACAGAUAAUAUUUUAUAUAUAUAUACAUACAUACAUACAUAUAUAUAUAUAUAUGUAUAUAUAUAUAUACUCGCAGCACAGGCUCACUGUCUUUCACUCCUUCGCAUCCUUGCUUUCACUCUUACAUCUGUCAUCAAGUUUUACAGUAAAAAUAACACUUCGUAAAGUUAUAAAUACCGUUACAAACUAUGGCUUGUCAGUUAUGUUUAGUACGAUAGGUAUACAUAUAUAUGUAUGCACACGGGCCCAUACAUUGAUAUUACAUGAGAAUACAUUUAUGAGGGUGUGGGCUCGUUAGCAUUUACGGAGUAACCAUUUAUGCAAUGUCCGGAAUUUCUAUCCUCAUCGUUUCAACGGCCAUAAUGUUAAACAUGAUUAGACGGAACAUUAUUGAGAUAGAUUGAAAUCAAUCUGGUUUAUCCAUAAUUGUGGAUAGAAAUACUUUUUAAACGACCGAUACAAAUCGAUACAAAAAUAAACUAGAUAUAUUAUAAAAAUUAAAAAUAGAAAACAUUCUCGUUUGAGAAAUAUUUCGUGAACAAUUUUCUUCUUAUUUCUUUUACGAAGAAAUAAUUAAUAGUGACAAAUAAAUAAAAAGAAAAGGAAUAAACAUGAUUAAAUUUAAUAAGAAAAAUGUGUAAAAAAGAAAAAAAGAAGACAAAAAACAGAGAAUAAUAAGGAUAGUAAGACCGGAUGCCCUAAUAUAUUUACGACGUGUUAUAUAAACCUUCGGAACGUGGCUUAUUCGUAUCCUUAUUUUAUUCAGUUUAAUUUGACGUUAAACUCUUGUUACCUAUUAUAAAAGUAGAUGUUACACAGAUCAGUAACCCGGUUUUAACGUAGGAGUACGAGUGUGUGUAAGUAUACGAGCGAACGUGCUGCCACGAAAAAAAAAAGCGCAUUGCGAUUCGAGAUAAAUAUUUUCUUUCCCCCCUUUUUCCCCUGUUAUUAAUAUGUAUAUUAAUUUAUCAAUUUAUAUAAUUAUAAUAGAACGCGCACGUGUACGCACGUGCGAGAUAUAACCGCAAUGCGCGUAGUUUCGAAGCAGUUCGCACACGCGUACAAAUCCCUCUCGUCCUCUGGAUUCUGGUAUGAAAUUGAGAAGAGAGAGAGAGAAAAAAAAAAAAAAAAAGAAAAAGAAAAAAAAGUAGAACGAAAGAAAAAAAUACAAUCGAGAUUUAAAAGAAAGUAAUAGGAGAUAUACAGGGUGUCCAAAUAGUACAGAUACGUGAGAUAAGAAAUUCACACAUCGCACUUUGGUUCAGAAAACUUUACCCUAAGAAGUUCGGAUGAUAACUGAUUAUUAGUAUGCACCGAUCGAAAUUUGUACACGUUUAUCGUUGCAUACUCCGAGGAUACAAAGCAUUUAAUACUCGAAAAUGAGACACGAGACUUUAUGUUACGAAAUCGAAUAAAUAAAGCAAAAUAUUAUUACCUCCGUAUGUUACUUAUAACGUUUACAAUGAUGUAAAGUUUGAUUGUUGUAAAGUUGGAGCCUAACACUAUAGUCAGAAGUGUACGUGUAAAACGAAUUUCCCACGUGGCACAAUUUCUCUUGCGUACGUUUAGGAUUUACAUGUAGACACUAGCUACAAUGACAAUAUUUAUGUGCCUAAGUACACGAAUUAAAAUAGUUCAAUGAAAAUCAGUAAAAACGAUAUCAAUGAGGAAUCUCGAUUCAUAGGAAACGUACAUAAAAACAUGAAUCCGUGGACGGUCACCCUGUACAUAUUUGAUACAUAGUUAUAUAAUUAAAACGCUCUUCGAAAUACUGUAAAAUCUCACAAAAUACUCUUCUUGUAAAAAGACGUGCGGCUGAGACUCCUACGGGUCGGGCCAAUGUGAUUAAAAAUCGAGAUUCGAAAAUUCGAAAAAAUUAAUUUACCAAUAAACAGUAGGGAGAUAGUAUAAUUAAAUCGUUUUAAGGGGAAAAAAUAGAGAUUCGAAAAAUGAGUAAAGAAACGUUCAACGUUCAAUAAGGAUUUUUUUUUUAUCGGAGAAAUCACCUAAAUCUUAAGGAAACAUUCUUAAUACUAAAUCUGAACGAGAUAAUAACGCGACGAGUGUGCCGGACGAAGGAGCCAGGCGAUCGCCGUCAUGUUAGUUUGUAACAAUGGCCCACGUUGAAACAUUCGUACAUUCUCGCUCUCUUCCAGACUCUCUCUCUUUUUCUCACACUCUUAUCAACAAAUUGAUGCGUAAUAAGAAUAAAAUUAACGAGGUAAUAGUUAAAAUUGCACGUGUUUUUUUUUUCUAGCAAAGAAUAUUAUUUCCCCCCAUUCAGGACGUUCAGCACACUCUCGACGGAACCUAAAAAAGGAGUCGAGUAAUCGAAAUGCCCAAGAUAUUUUUUCUUUUUUUUUUCUUUUUUUUCUGUCAAAACGAUCGUUAGAGUAGAAUGCGCAAGGGCAUAAUUUGCUUGUACACCAAUGACAUAGUAAGCGAUUCUGUGCAAAAAGAGAACUAUUCUCUCCAUUGCGAGACAGAUUUUCUUUAGGUAAUCCCCAACCACUGCGUAUCAACUUUUCUCCUUGAACUCUCUGUCGAAGAAGAAUGAUCGACUCGCAGUCAUCAAUCAUGUAUGCAUACACGCGGAGUCUUCGACGCAUUACUUUCUGAAUAAUUAAACGGCUUCAGAUAAGCGAAGAAGAGUUCCACGUACCAAUGUUAUAUAUCGUCGUACAUCGCGAUAUUAUUCAGAUCGCCCACGGUACGAUUCAUUUGACUCGCGUUAGCUCAAGAUGGAUCACUACCGUAAUUUUUAUACGAAUAGAUGACAGGACAUGUUGGCAGGAACGAAGUCACAAGAGCUCGUACUGGCGCAAGUGCAUCCGUUGAAUGAUGUCCCGACAAUCGUUAAACACUCUCUUGAUGUUCUCCGUAUCGACGGCACAUGUAAAGUGCGGAUAACAAUAGUGCUUGCCGUCGCCGCUCGCUGUGCUUAUACG